GAAGUUUUGCAGACAAUGGAAUUGGAAUAGAGAAGAGAGUUUAUGUUGGAAUAGUACAUGUGAAUGCAAUAAAGUCUUACACCAUUGCAACAACUCUUGAAUAAACACAAUAUGUUGAUUGGAUUGAAUGAUUAUAGUAAGGUAGAUCUCAGGUUCCCAGCCCACAAGAACAAUAAAUUGCAAUUAAAAGGGACAAAUUUCUUGCAGGUUCUACAUCUGGAUUACUGCGAGUAAUAGUAAUUCAAAACCCUUUUUGAGUUUUUUUCUGCUAACUGCAAGAAUCGUCGCUCACCUCACUCCCAAUGAUUCCCAAUACUAACUUUCUGUACAAAAUCAAACCCAGAUCCAAUCCUUCCACCUUUCUUCAUCAUUUAAAUCCGACGUUGAUAUCGUUCUUCUUGCCCAGUUCAGGAAGCCGCUUCCUUUCAAAUUCUCCCUUCUCAGAUUUCGCCUCUGAUGAUCCAACUGUUGAUGAGUGCCGACGCCAAGAAAUCAGAGUAGAAGAAGAAAGCCCAGGAAGUAAAUUUGAUUUCAAGGGCUAUAUGCUUGAGAAAAUUGGCGUCGUCAAUCGGGCCUUAGACGCCGCAGUUCCCCUCAGAGACCCCGUCAGACUCCACGAAGCGAUGCGGUAUUCUCUCCUGUCCCAAGGAAAACGCAUCUGCCCCAUCGUUUGUCUCGCCGCCUGUCAGCUGGUCGGCGGAGAUGAGUCAACGGCUUUGCCGUCAGCCUGCGCCCUGGAAAUGAUCCACGCCAUGUCGCUGAUGCACGACGACCUGCCCUGUAUGGACAACGACGAUCUCCGCAGGGGCCGGCCCUCGAACCACGUGGUUUUCGGGGAACACGUUUCUGUUAUAGCUGGGUACGCCCUUCUUGCGCGCGCAUUCGAGCACAUAGCGAUGGAUACAAAAGGGUUGGCCCCGGGCAAAAUUGUCCGCGUCGUAAGUGAAUUAGCGAGGUUGAUUGGGCCGGAGGGGGUGGUGGCCGGGCAGGUUGCGGAUCUGAAAUGUGGAGGGAACGGGCAGUUGGAUAUAGGAGUGGAGCAGCUGGAGUACAUUCACCUUCACAAGACCGCCGCGUCGGUGGAGGCGUCGGCCGUAGCGGGUGCGGUUCUGGGCGGGGCGUGUGAGGAGGAGAUUGACAGGCUGAGAAGAUACUCGAGAUGUGCGGGGCUGAUGUUUCAGGUGGUGGAUGAUGUUCUUGAUGUUACCAAGAGUAGUGCAGAAUUGGGGAAGAGUUGUGGGAAGGAUUUGGUGGCCGGCAAAGCGACAUAUCCGAAGCUGAUCGGCGUUGAGAAAUCAAUGGAGUAUGCUGAGAAGUUGAACGAGGAGGCUCAAGAACAACUGGUUGGGUUUGAUCAGGAAAAGGCUGCUCCAUUGAUUGCCUUGGCAAAUUACAUUGUUCACAGGCAAAAGUGAGCAACUCUAUCUCCUCCUAUUUUCUUAGUUUUGUCACUAAUUAACACUCAAGAAUUGCAAUCUCUUUUUGUUACAAAAAGGGAAAACAGAUUGUUGCUCUCUCCACAGACAUACGUUCGAUUUUGACCAAUAUGUCAAUCAUUUGUGGUGCAAAUGAGAUGGACAAACAUACGUGUUAGGUUAGGAUGUAUGUUUAGGGGCACUAAAUGAUGUUUGACAAGUAUUGUUGUAAUGUAAUUGAUACAUAAAUUGAAGAAGAGUAGGGCAUGUGGGCAAGAUGAUUGAGCCACAAAGCAGUCAGGCCGGCCCUUGGGAAUGGAGGGGAAGGCCAUUCGGACAGAAGAAAAGGUGAUAGGCCUUUGCGGAUGAUUAAUGAUGAUCAUGCAAUCAUAAUUUUUAGGAGAUGGGCCUUUUA